CUCGCAGAGGGAGAGGACAUUAAAGGCCAAAUGCAGGCACCAUCACUUUCCUCUCAUCUGAAUGGGUUUGGAGAGACUCGAGCCAGCUGGCUGAUGCAAGAUGGGAUCCCUACGUGGUACCAUGGCGCCAUUUCCAGAGAAGCCGCUGAAAGUUUGCUCCAGGAGAAACCACCAGGAUGUUUCCUAGUACGCAUGAGCCAGAGUCAUGUGGGCUACACACUCUCCUACAGAUCCAAGGACCGCUGCCGCCACUUCAUGAUCAAGCUUUUACCUGAUGGCUGCUUGGCAAUCCCUGGAGAGAAAGGUGUCCAUGCAACAUUAGUGGAACUAGUGAGCUUCUAUCAGAAAAAUGCCAUCCAGCCCUUUGAGGAACUGCUAACUCAACCAUGUGGCCGGUGUUUUUGUUUUUAUUUCCAGGUAAAUGAAAAUGAUGUUGAAUAUGAUGAUUUCUCCCUUUAUUCUAACGUUGCAGUGGGUGGUAAAACCAGCCCAGUGGAUGGCUCAUCUGCUCCCAAGCUCAAGCCCUGCUUGUCUCCCUCCAUCACUGUAUCCCUGAGACCCAUGCCUCUACCUUGGAAAAAAAUGACAGAGAAGCCCAAAGCCAACACAUCAGACUCUUCAUCCCAACCUUUUGACCAAUCACCAGCCACCAGCCAUGCUCAGAAGUCAGGGAAAGCCUUGUUGAAUAAUGCCCCACAAAAAAUCUGGAAGAAUCUUAAGAAUCUGCCUCAGACUGGAAAGAAGAUAACAGAGCAAAUCAAAAGCCAUCUCCUGGAUUCAGUAGCAGCUGAGAGGCAUGAAGAGGGCCAAGCCAGGGAGGUCCCAAGCCCAGUAGGCAAUGAGUCUGUCACCCAAGUAGAAGAGAGUCAUUCAGAAAGAGAAGCCCAGAACUCCCCCAUAAAUAUCUAUGUAGAUCCUUUUGAACAAGCUUCACAUCCAAAACACACCUCUCACUCCAAAAUUCAACAUCUUGGCUUGUCUCUGAGGAAAACAGUUGGGACAUCAACCAUCCCCAUUUCAACGUCUGAGAAACCCAUCUUGCCUGGCCCUAGGAGGAGAACAAUCUCUUCAGAGACUACAAGCCAGGACAGUCCCUGGUCACCAAGUGAUAAACUAUGCUUUCUCCCUGAGGAGUACCAGCCACCCCCACCCUUUGCCCCAGGGUACUGAGAGCCCUGAAGGGAAUCUAGGGUGAUUCAGAAUGGCAAGUAUUCUGUACUCCAAGUGUGGUCCAGCAUAGAUGCUACAUCUGGAGCACGGUGUUCAAUUCUGGACACCCCAUCCUAGGACAGACGUUAACACGCUUGAGAGUGUACAGAGGAGAAUAACUAGUUGGUAAGGAAACUAGAACUUGAUCAAUACAAGAACCAAUUGAAGAACCUGGAAAAUUUUAACCUAGAGGAGAGACUUAGUGAAGAUAUCGAAUUGCUCUCUUCAAAUAGCUGAAAGAAACAAGCAUUAUUUUUUGCCUGGUUCCUGAGAGCAGAACUUUGAUCAGUGGGAAAAAAGAACAGAAAAGCUGAUUUGAUCUCCUUUUAAAACAGACUUGAGUUCAAAUGCAUACUCUGGCACAUCCUAACUGGGCAAAAACCUCUCAGAGCUCCAGGUGACUCUCAACAGUGUCAGAAAAGGUGCCAACCAGUAAGAGUACCAAGAGUUCCCUCAUCUGGGAAUUCCCAGCACUGAGGAGAUUACAAGUUCUGUCUCUAUCCCCAUACAAAGAUGUUUCCAACCUUAGAGCUGACUAACUAUGAAACAUGAUGAUUUGGAUGGGUAGUGAGAUGCCCAUCAGUGACUGUCUUCAAAUAGAGGCACAUUACUUCUAGAUAACCACUGUACUGAAGAUGUUGGAUAUGCUUAUCUGUGAAUAUGCAUUUCCACUAGUAGAAUAUACAUUCCUUGAGGAUUCAGAUAUUUCCUUUCUAGAUGGAUGCUACAGUAAAUUAAGCCCCUGAUCUGAAGUCAGGAAGAGCUGAGUUCAAAUAUGGCCUUAGGCACUUACUAACUGUAUGAUUCUGAUCAAGUCACUUAAUCUAUGUCUGCCUCAGUUUCCUGAAUUCUAAAUCAACGAUAAUAAUAGCAACUACCUCACAGAGUUGUCAUAAGUAGCAAAGGAAAUUAUAUUUGUAAAGGGCUUAGCACAAUGACUGGCACAUCAUAGGUAAUUAAUAAAUCCUUGUUUCCUUGCUUCUUGUCUGUCUUCAUAUGCCCAGCACAGUGUCUUCCAUGUUUGUUUAAGAAUUUAAUAAAUAUUG